AAGGAUGGGCCUGUUUAUACACUCUGGGCACCACUGGUUGGAAAGCCCGGCGGUCUGGGGGAAGCGGGCUCUCGAUUGCUAAACGCCAGAGUCCCCGGGAAAAAAAAAAUCCCGGAGGAGGUGCAGAGCCACACCCCGCGGGGCCCGCGAAGUUCCCCAGCAGUUUCCAGGCAGACACCGCCGAGAUGCGCGACCCGCGGCUGCUGCGUGCUGCCCACCUCGUCCUAGUGUGCGCGGCCGCCGCGCUGGCCGCAGCCCCGGGGCCCCGGUUCCUGGUGACAGUUCCUGGCAUCAUCAGGCCAGGAGGAAUGGUGACUAUUGGGGUGGACCUUCUGGAACACAGCCCCUCGCAGGUUGUUGUGAAAGCCGAGGUGGUCAGGAUGGUGGCCAACCACACUGUCUCUGUCCUGGAUGCAGAAGGAGUCUUUGAGAAAGGUUCUCUCAAGAUGCUUUCUCUUCCUCCGUUGCCUAUGAACAGUGCAGAUGGGCUCUAUGAGCUCCAUGUGAUUAUACAAGACCAAGAUGAAGUUAUAUUCGCUGACAGAACACACUUAUCCUUUGAGACCAAGAGAAUGUCUGUCUUCAUUCAAACCGACAAAUCCAUAUACAAAGCAAAGCAAGAAGUGAAGUUUCGUGUUGUGACACUCCUCCCAGAUUUUAAGCCUUACAAUACCUCGUUGAACAUCCUCAUUAAGGACCCAAAGUCAAAUCUAAUUCAGCAGUGGUUGUCGGAACAAAAUGAUCUCGGAGUCGUUUCCAAAACUUUUCAAUUAUCUUCUCAUCCAAUACUUGGUGACUGGUCCAUUCAAGUUCAAGUGAAUGACCAGACGUAUUAUCAGUCAUUUCAUGUCUCAGAAUAUGUAUUACCAAAAUUUGAAGUUGCUUUGCAAACACCACUAUACUGUUCUUUGAAUUCUAAAAGCUUAACUGGUACCGUGACAGCAAAGUAUACUUAUGGGAAACCAGUGAAAGGAGAUGUAACACUUACAUUUUCACUUUUGUCCUUUUGGGGAUUGAAGAAAAAUAUUACCAAAAAAAUUAAGAUUGAUGGAUCUGCAAACUUUUCUUUUACCAACGAAGAGAUGAAAAAGGUAAUAGGUUCUUCUCAUGAGCUUUCUGAACACGUGACUCCAUCUGUUCCUGGGCCAGUAGAAAUUUUAGCCACAGUGACAGAAUCUCUUACAGGUAUCUCAAGAAAUGCAAGUUCGAAUGUAUUUUUCAAACAAUACGAUUACACUAUUGAUUUUUUUGAUUAUGCUACUGUCUUGAAGCCAUCUCUCAACUUCACAGCCACUGUCAAGGUGGCUCGAAGUGAUGGCAGUCUGCUGACUCAUGAAGAAAGAAGAAAUAAUGUCAUCAUAAGAGUGACACAGAAAAAUAGCACUCAGAUUUGGAGCCGUUGGGACAAUGAGAAUCAGGAAAUGCUAUCUGUCCAGAUCAUAAAUUAUACUGUCCCUUCCAAUGGAAUUUUUAAAAUUGAAUUCCCCAUUCUUAAUGAUUCCAGCAAGCUACAAUUGAAGGCAUCAUUUCUUGAUAGCGAAGGUGGUAUUGCAGUUCAUGGCGUAUUUAUGUCUCCCAGUAAGACAUAUAUCCAACUGAAAACAAGAGAAGAAAGCAUAGUGGUGGGGUCACCGUUUGAACUGGUGGUGAGUAGCAGCAAGUCAUUGAAGGAGUUCAGCUAUAUGGUAGUAUCCAGGGGGCAGUUGGUUGCUCUAGGCAAACAAACUUCAACAAGCUUCUCUUUAACACCAGAGAAUUCUUGGGCUCCAAAAACCUGUAUAAUCGUGUAUUAUAUUGAAGAUGAUGGGGAAGUUAUAAACGAUGUUCUCAAACUUCCUGUUCAGCUUGUUUUUAAAAAUAAGAUAAAUCUCUUUUGGAGUAAAGCAAAUGCUAAACCAUCUGAGAAGGUCUCUCUUAGGUUCUCUGUGACACAGCCAAAUUCGCUCGUUGGCAUUGUAGCUGUUGACAAAAGUGUGAUGCUGAUGAAUGCUACAAAUGAGCUGACAAUGGAAAAUGUGGUCAAUGAAUUGGAACUUUAUAACACAGGAUAUCAUUUCGGCACAUUCAUGAAUUCUUUUCAGGUCUUUCAAGAAUGUGACCUCCAAGUAUUUACAGAUGCAAACCUGACGAAGUUUUAUAGCUCCAGCCUUGAUAUUGAUUAUAAUGCUUUUGACUUAGAAUAUUCCAUAGAGGAAGCUGGAUCCAUGGAUUUAAAUGACUUUGCUUCUGUUAGCAGUCCACAUGUCAGAAAGAAUUUCCCAGAGACUUGGAUUUGGCUAGACACUCACCUGGGUUCCAAAAAUUUGCAAGAAUUUGAAGUUACUGUACCUGAUACAAUUACUUCAUGGGUGGCAACUGCUUUUGUGAUCUCUGAGGACUUGGGCCUUGGACUAACAACUACUCCAGUAGAGCUGAAAGCCUUCCAGCCAUUUUUCAUUUUCUUGAAUCUUCCCUACUCUGUUAUCAGAAGUGAAGAAUUUGCUUUGGAAGUCACCAUAUUUAAUUAUUUGAAAAAUUCCACAGAGGUUGAGGUAAUCAUUGAGAAAAGUGACCAGUUUGAUAUUCUAAUGACUUCAAAUGAAAUAAAUGCCACAAGGCAUCAGCAGACCAUUUUGGUUCCCAGUGAGGAUGGGGCAACGGUUCAUUUCCCAAUCAAGCCUACACAACUAGGGGAAAUCCCUAUCACAGUUAGUGCGAUUUCACCAGUUGCUUCUGAUGCCAUCACCCAGAAGAUUCUAGUAAAGGCUGAAGGAAUAGAAAAGUCAUUUUCACAAUCUGUUUUGUUAGAUUUGACGGACAACAAAGUAACAGCUACCACAAAAACUUUGAGUUUCUCCUUUCCUCCAGACACAGUGAGUGGUAGUGAAAGAGUUCAGCUCACUGUAAUAGGAGAUAUUCUUGGUUCUUCCAUCAAUGGUCUAGCCUCAUUAAUCCGUAUGCCUUAUGGCUGUGGUGAACAGAACAUGAUCAGUUUUGCUCCAAAUAUAUAUGUUUUGGAUUACCUGACUAAAAAGAGACAACUGACAGAAAGUUUAAAAGAAAAAGCCCUUUCAUUUAUGAGGCAAGGCUACCAGAGAGAGCUUCUCUACCAGAGGGAAGAUGGCUCGUUCAGUGCUUUUGGGAAUGAUGACCCUUCUGGGAGCACCUGGUUGUCAGCUUUUGUUUUAAGAUGUUUCCUUGAGGCUGAUUCCUACAUAGAUAUUGAUGAGAACGUGUUACACAGAACAUAUACUUGGCUUAAAGGACGUCAGAAAUCCAGUGGUGAAUUUUGGGAGCCGGGAAGAGUGAUCCACAGUGAGCUACAAGGUGGCAAUAAAAGUCCAAUAACACUCACAGCCUAUAUUGUAACUUCUCUCUUGGGAUAUAGAAAAUAUCAGCCUAAUAUUGAUGUGCAAGAAUCUAUCAACUUUUUGGAGUCUGAAUUCAGCAGAGGCAUUUCAGAUAAUUACACUCUGGCUCUAAUAACUUAUGCACUGUCAUCAGUGGGGAGCCCACAAGCGAAGGAAGCUUUGAACAUGCUGAACCAGAGAGCAGAACGGGAAGGAGACAUACAAUUCUGGGUGUCAUCGGUGUCCAAACUUUCUGAAUCUUGGCAGCCUAGAUCCCUGGAUAUUGAAGUUGCAGCCUAUGCCUUGCUCUCACACUUCCUGCAACAUCAAAUCAUGGAGGGACUCCCGAUUAUGAGGUGGCUGAGCCGGCAAAGGAAUAGUUUGGGAGGCUUUGCCUCCACUCAGGACACCGUUGUGGCUUUGAAGGCCCUUUCUGAGUUUGCAACCCGAAUGAAUACGGAAUGGACAGAUAUGCAAGUGACGGUGACAAGACAUGAUUCACAGAGUCCUGUGAAGUUUUCACUUGACAACAAGAAUCGCUUUCUGCUCCAGGCAGCAGAGCUUGAUUUUGUACAGCCAACUGAAGUUAAUAUUUCUGCAGGUGGUUCUGGAUUUGCUGUUUGCCAGCUCAAUGCAGUUUACAAUGUGAAAGAGUCAGAGUUGUCCAGGAGACGGAGAUCAGCCCCUAAUCAGGAAGCUUUUGAUUUAGACCUUUCUGUAAGAGAUGAUACCGAGGAUCCUGAUCACUUCGACUUGAAUGUGUGCACAAGGUUUUUGGGCCCAGCUCCGAGUGGCAUGGCCCUUAUGGAAGUUAACCUCCUCAGUGGCUUCACUGUGCCUCCAGAUGCCAUUUCUCUGAGCGAGACAGUGAAAAAAGUGGAACAUGAUCAUGGCAAGCUCAACCUAUAUUUAGAUUCUGUAAAUCAGACUGAGUUUUGUGUUGAUAUUCCUGCUGUGAGAAGCUUUAAAGUCUCAAAUACACAAGAUGCUGCCGUGUCCAUAGUAGAUUACUACGAACCAAGGAGACACGCCGUGAGAAGCUACAACUCCAGAGCUCAGCUGUCCUCCUGUGACCUCUGCAGAGACACCCUGGGCUGCAGAGUUUGUGAGAACAGAGCCACAGCCUCUGCCUGUCACUCCAGGGCCCUUUUUGUUUUGUGGUUCACACUUCUGUUCUCUUUGCAGUACUGGCUGUGACUUUUUUUUUUAGGGACUCCAUGGACCCCACUUCCAAAUUGCACGUGAUCAUAUAGUUUUCAUAAUCAAACUUUGCAUCUGAAUAUUUCUUAACGGCGAUCUUUUUUUUUUUUUUUCUUCCUAUGGGGCUGGAGAAGGGUGUUGUGUGACAAGAUCUAGUGUGUACAGCUACAGAGAGCUCUUCUCCUGACUUGGAGGGGACCCUAAUCAAAGUGAUUGCAAUAUGUAUCUCAUUCCCCCCCCCCGCAAAUAUUUCCAGAUUGGGGGGGGGUUCUCCAGAAUAAAUUUGCUAUUUUAAAUUAGUUAGUCUCUUCAUCUUCUAGAAAAAAUGAGCCCAGGUGUGUAACCAUUAUUAUGCACCUGCUGUUGGCUUCAGAAUCAAGACUGAGUUCCUGGGAACUGGGAGAAAGCAACUAGGCGGAGUGACCUUAUUUUCUACAUUUUCUCUCGCCCCAUAGCCCAUCACAUAAUGAUCUUGUUCUCUCUCUCUCUCUCUCUCUUUCUCUCUCUCUCUGUCUCUCUCGUUCUAGCCAGAGCACUGCUCAGCUCUGGUUAUUGAUGGUGCCAGUGGCUGAAGCUAAACCUUUGGCAUGCAAGACCUCUCCAUAACCAACCCUUAAUCUAUCCUUUUAAAUUGGGCACAAAUUCUUUUUCUAGCAUAGAAGUGGUGAAUGAAAAAAAUAUAUUAUGGUGUUUUUCUACUUAACAUGCAAUCACAUGCCCCAGCCCUUGCCCUCUCUCUACUCUGAAGGGAACGCAGUUUCCUGUGUUUCACAUACUGUGUGAGAGACUGAGAAUGAGAAGCAGGCUAAAAACUGGUAAAAGGGCUUUCAGGUACUAGUUCCCUGCUUACUUCCUCAGCUCUGCAGGUUGGCUCUUUAAGUAGGACUGAGAGAGUGUAAUGCAAUAGACACCUUUUGCAACUUAGACUAGUGGAUCCUAGACCAGAAUCAUAUGUAUUGUUAAAAGAGUGAUAAGCCGGAGGGCUAUCAGUGUUGAGAUGCAGCAGAACAAACUCCUUGUGGGCUGGAGUUGGGGAGAUUAUGUUUCAGUAGGAAUCAGAAUCUCCUUGUUAUUGUUGGGGGUGGCCCAAGACCCAGUAGAAACUUUUCCAGGCUGCUGUGUCUGAGCACUAGUCCACCAGCUCUCUUGAGACCCACUGGCUUGCUCACUGGCUUGCUUUCAGCCUUUCAGAAUUCCUGCAUUUUGAUCACUUGAAUCAUUGCUUAUCUGUGAAGGAUGAUAAUGAUUUAUCUGGAUAAAAAAUUUAAAGAAAAGCUUCUUUCCCCUCUUCUUUCUUUUUCUCUUCUCUCUCUUUAAUUAAAGCAUUCAUUCAUUUUUUUUUCCUGCUCUCCUUUUAAGGCAUAUUGAAAAAUUCUGUACAUAUAUACAAUUAAAGAUCUUUUUACUUAAUCUAAGGAAUGGUUUAAUUUUUCUCCGUAACUCCAUGGCAUGCCUCUCAAGUGAACAUGGAGAGGAUAAUUGUUGUGGGGUCUAAAAAGACUGCAUGACAACAUUUUUGUUUUAUAUUGACAGCAUUUUUUUUAACUGUUCAAAAAGAAGCCCGUCAAAAUAAUAAAAUCUGAAAACUUG